UUGGCUUGAAAAAAUAAAAAACGCGGAAGUUUGGUUGAAGUUCGUUGACCAGCUGAGAAACAAAGCGACGAGUUGACGUUGAACGUCGCAGUUGGAAACUUUGUAUUUGUGUCAGCAGGAAGAGACCCGAGCGCUCCAUCAUGGCCGAAAGCGUUUACGCCCCGACGACGGCUCCGAACCCCAAAUCCUCCUGGUUCACCGUCCCAUCAGAGAAUCUGGAUAAAAUCCGCUUCAUCAUCAAAAUCGUCGAAGUGCUGCUGUCCUUCGUGGCCUUCAUCAUGGAGGAGGUGGUGAACAGCUGCGUCAGCUGUGGCGCCCUCUACUUCUUUGAGUUUGUCAGCUGCACAGCUUUCCUCUUCACCCUGCUGCUCCUCAUCCUCCUCUCCACCACGCUGCACAUCAGGACAGGCAUCACCUGCUGGCCCACCCUGGACUUCGUGUACACCGCUGUCAUCGCUGCGUUGUUCCUCAUCGCCUCCGUUGUUUUUGCUUCAGACAACGGAAGCACGACGAUGGAGAGAAGUGCUGUGGUGUUUGGCUUCUUGGCGUCAGUGAUGUUUAUCAUUGACCUCGGCUGGUUCGUGAAGGAUCGUGGGAUUCCCUUUAAGAAAGACGCAAAGCAGCAGCCCAGUAACGGCGGCCCGGCGAUAGUGGAGGCUCAGCCUGAGACGGAGAAACUCAACGCUGGAGAAUAAGUCUGUUUCUAUGUUCAUGCGUUUGUUACGCAGAGGUCACAUGAUUUUACGCACUAUUCUUUUACCGUGGCGACAGGAGGUGGAGCGGCCAUUUUGAAAGUCAUUUUAAACUCGUUCAUCGCUCAGGACGCUCUGUGCUGCAAUCAUCAACAUAAUCAAUGCUCCAAUAAUGAAUCGAUCGCAGCGCAGAGCGUCCGUCAGUUUUUUAAAACCAGCAGGUGUGUUCUGUGUUUAAUUUAACAAACAGGAAGUAGACGUCUCUUCCUGUUUGUUAAAAACCUUUUUGAAAGAAGAAGAGAGACACUAAACCACAGAACCACUAAAUACUGUAAAGUCUAUUUUUAUCAGAGGUCGACACUCCAGCAACACCUGUAGUAGAACUAGACAACAACUUCAUAACAACACGGACGCGUCUCUGCUCGUUGUGUCACAAUAAUGUUGUUCAGUACACGACACGUGUUGCUGGAGUUUUGACGUCUUCAGAUUUGUUUCCCUUCUUCAUGCACCUUGGAAGUAGAUGAAGCUGUGCCAGAAACCUCCACCCUGCUUCUACCCUACAGUUUAUUUCUUUAAACAACACAAUGAAUUUAAUCAAUAUAUGGCUUUUCUUUUUUAUUAUUAAAGGUAUACUGUGCAGGAUUGUUGGCUGAACAUGCUCGCCAGCAAAAGUAAAAGUCAACCAGAGAUUCUUCCUGUUUAGUGUUCUGCGUGGCAAUAUUUGCUUUUUUAUUUGUUUGUUCGUUUUCGGGGCUGUUUCUCUUGGAUGCCUGCUGCGUACUGUCUGGCACCUGGUCGCUACGUUUUUUUUAAAAAACACACAUUAUACACACAUUAAACAUGGCUUAAUAGAGACAGUUUCAAACGCAAAUCAGCUUCACUAUAACUCGCAGCAUUCACAGACAAACACUUGUCUUUCUCUGGACAAAUGUUCCAAACAAAUACAACAUGCUAAUGUUAUUAGCACAAGCCUAUGGCAUUUUACAUUGUAUAAGUUAGCCUAGCAGCUAGCAGAGAUUUCCUCUGCUCAUAUGAAGCCAGGAUAAAUCACACACAAGACUUAAAAUACUAUUUUAGUGGAGGCUUUAUUGUCUUCACAAUUUAUUGUUUCUUAUCUGUGAAAUUAAAGUAAAUCAAAGAUUGUUUCCACUGAGGGGAAUGGUUUCAGCUUACAGAGACAGACAGGAGGUCUGCGUCACUGUGACGUGUAGUUACAUUUCUGGGGAGGUGCACGUCAGGCUACAGCGUAGGUUACAGCUUCAGUUCAAUGCAGAAAUAUAAAUUCUGCCGUAGAGUGGGUCAUAAGUGCUGAUUUAAGAGAGAUUUACACUUACGAUGUAGACGUACAUAGCAAAGGAAAUCGCCGCUAGGCUAAUUUAUACAAUGUAAAAUGCCAUAGGCUUGUGCUAAUAACAGCAUGUUGUAUUUGUGGGGAAAAUGUGUCCAGAUAAAGACAAGUGUUUUGUCUUGUGAGUUAUAGUGAAGCUGAUUUGUGUACUUGUGUUUGAAAUUGUCGCCGACCAGUGUCUGGAGGUGUAACUGCAGAGUGACAUAGACACACCACCGUACAAGUAUAAAUGCUCACAAUGGCGACGGCUCUGCAUAGAGCUGAUGCAGAAGUAUAAAUCCACUUUAAGAGGGAUUAUUUCUGUAAUCUGAGUCUAUACAUUGUUUUUUAGCAAAAUCCUGCGUAGUAUACUUUUAAAUAUCUUGAAUUUAAAAUUGUCUUUGUCGAAACUUGCCUUGAAACACAUUUUGUUUAAAUUGUCCACAAAAAUCAAAUUCUAUGUCAUAAAAUUUUCUCAAUUCACUGAACAGUUUUUGAUGUAAGUCACUGGUUCCCAACCUGUGGGUCAGGACGCUCUGUGGGGUCCAAGAUUAAUCUGAGGGGUCACGAAUGAUCAGAAAGGAAAAACAAAUCACAUUGCACGCAUUAACCUCCUCAGCACGCAUUAACCUCCUCAGACCACAAAAAUCUUUUAAAUGAAACAAUCAGAUGAGGAGAGAUCACUGUGGUGUCGGAAACACUACUGUGUGGUAUUAAUUUUUUUCUGUUCGGGCCCUGACGCCUCAAAAAAAAGACAGAUUUCGACAGUUUUUAUAGUUUGUGCUGAAAUGAAGGAACUCUGCUCAACAAAGAAAAUGUGUCUUUAUAAUGAUUUUAAGAAACUUUUAAAGUAUCUCUAUAACCAGCCUCAAACAGCAGCAACAAGUCGUUUCUGAUUAUAAGUAAUAAUCUGAAAUAAAACAGAUUAUUGCUUCAACUAGAAUCUGAUGAUGAACAGUCAAACAUUACAUCUAAUUUCUAUACAGACCAGCAGGUGGAGCUGUUUGAUUUAACAUCCUCUCCUCUGGACCUGUGCGGAGGGUUUUUUUUUUCUGCUGCUCAAAUCAGUGCUGCAGAGUUUCUUAACAUGCAUCAAAAUUUUCAUCAUUACAAGAAAGGAGACUCUUUUUUUUAUCCAAAAUCCAGUAAAACUAACUGAAAUAAAUCCUGAGAUUCACUGUGUUUUGACAGAUUCAGUUCUGACACUUUGGGGCUUCCAUAUGUCACAAAAAGACCUGAACGGCCAAAGAUUCAAACACUUCAUUUCUGUUUUCCUCGUGUUAACAAGUUACUUUGGUCAUGAGAGAGAUCUCAAGAUAACGAAGUUCCUGAAAUAAUGAGAUAUAGGUGCCCCAGAUAUAUAAAGCCUUAAUCCUGCUGGAACCUUUCCAUCGUGUGGCAAUGUCAGAUGACAAUGAGCAGAUCAUUACAUCACAUUCCUCUUGAGUCAAGGCUGAUUUAUGCCACGUGCUUGAUUAUUUUAUGCCCUGCUGUUAUAGAUUAUAUACACAGUCUUUUUUAUUACAUUUUUUUAUUUGUACACAUAAAACUGCAUAAAAUCCAAAUAGUAAAAAAGAAAAAAUGACAUAAACAUGAAAAUAACGACAGAGAAAUGCAGAUUUAAUGUUACUGUGGUGGAUAUAUAUCUGCAAAGUUAUAAAUUAAAUAGUGCAUCCUGAUUGUGUGCGAACAGUACGUUCUUCUGACGCGCAGCUGCAGCACCGACUGAAAAUACAAAGAAAAGUAUGAGAUUUCGAACGCACCCUAAAUCUGGAUCGUGUUCGUAGAGACGAGACGUUCAGCCGAACACACCUGAGAUGAUUUUCUUUGUUGAGUUUUCAGACUACAAACAUUCAGCACACAAACAUCACCAAAACCUCCCUGAGAGCCAAAAGCACCUGGUUCACUCUGACGAGGUGGAUAAACAUCUGACCUCUGACCUCUGACCUCCCUGUGGACCACUUUAUUAUUCCACCACUUUGUUUCCAGCUUCGUUCCUGAAUUGUUCUCUGUCAGACCUUUAAUCUGAAGCAGCCUCGUGACCGAGACGGCUCUGUGUGUUUUUAUUUCGCCUGUUUCCUGUUUCUUGUUUCUAAAGGCUGAAAUAUAUGGUUUUGAUAUUGUUUUAUAUUCUCAAGCUUGUAUUGGUUUUGACUUCAUAAUCUAUUUGAUCAUGUUCACAGUUUUUUUAUUUUAAAUGUUUUAAUCAUCUUAAUCGCUCUGUGUUGUUUUAAGUGAAUGUUUUAUGAAGGAAAUGUUUCUACGAAUCAUUACAUGAGGAAAAGUAAUCAGCUGUUUGUCAUCCCGUCUGGAUUUUACUGGUCGUAAAUUUAGUUGUUUCAUUUUUUUUUUUCUCCUCAGGCGAGACGCACCAGGUGAAAACAUUUUCAUGCACUGGUCAGUUUUGAGAUUUGGGGCUCUUCAGCUCCCGUAUCGAGUCUGGUUUCAGACUAGUGUAAAGAAAACAUCCAGAUCACACAUGUAGGUGUCGCAGUCGUUCAGAUUUCUGCUCUUGAAAAUGUUAGCAAAACUGGCAUGUUUAAUUAUAUAAUAUCUUAUUUGGAUAUUUAAAAAUGCAAUUGCAGAAAACUUUUCAUACAAAAAAUAAUUGUCUUAAUGUAGGGAAGUUUCAUGGUGACAUCUGUAAGUUAAAGUCUUUUCACCUGGGGUGUCUCUCUUUGAUAAAAAGGAUUUUUUACUGUUUAACAGUUUAAAGGAAUUCUUCACCCGAACGUGUCAAUGGUUAAGUUAUUAUACCAACCCAAAAUAUCUUUGUUCAAGGUUAUGGUUUUAAUGGUUUCAGGGUUUAAUCACUUAAAUGAAGGAAUAAAAACCAUCAAACUAUUUCAUGCAGGAUCAUAAUGGGCCCCUGGGCACAGACUUAUAAAGGGCCCCCAAACCCAUCUUCAUAAGAGCAAGACCUCCACGCUGACCUGUUUGAUUUGAGAGGUCGUUUUGUGUUUCUCUGUGGUCGCUUUGUCUCUUUUUGUACCAUGUUGUGUGUUUUUUUUAAUCUAUGUGCAGUUGUUUUAUGUCUCUUUGAGGUCCUGUCAUGUCCCUUUGAAGUUGUUUUACACGUCUUUGUGGUCGUUCUGAGUCUCUUUGCAGUUGUUUUGUGUGUCUUUGUGGGCAUUUUGUGUCGCUCUGUGGUCGUCGUGUGCCUCUUUGUAGUUGUUUCGGGCCCUUGUGCCUGUGCCAGGUGAUCCAGUUCACCAUGUCUGGGGUUCAAGGAUCAAAUUAAAAUAAUCACAUUUGGGUGAAAUAUUCCUUUAAUAUUUUAGAUGUGAUUGCCAGCCAAUCACUGGAAGAGUUAAAAUCCCUUCAGCCUCCGAGGCACAAAGAGUUUGUUCAUCCUUUAGUCACAUUAACACAUUCUGAAAAGUUGAUUUUUUUCGGCUCAUGUUUAAACUUUUAUGCCCAGAAAGUGAAGCGGACUGCAAGUCAAAAACACAAACAACCAACUGCCAUCUGUUCUUCAUGUGUGUGAAAUGUUUCCAAAUGUUUAAAGAUGAAAAGUAUUUUGUUCUUUUGCAUUGUUUUUAAAGAGUGGUCACAUUUUUCUACUUUCACUUUGUGUCCAAAGUCUGAAAUUUGUAAAUUUGAGUAGUAGUGUGAAGCGAGCGCGUCAGAAUCAUGAGAUGUUUGAUGUAACUGUGACAUAAUCAUGAGAUGUCGAGUCUUAAUUUUGACACAUUGAUAAUGUACACUUGUGUUGGACUUCCGCACAGAAGGGACCUGAUUUUAUGGAGAAAAGAUCAUCUGUUAAAAAGAAACACACGUCACAGAUUAAAACCACAGAAACCAUCAGAUUUAAUUCAGGGUCCAAACAGUUAACGAUGGACGACGAAAUCUGAGGGUUUUAAUUUUCUAUGUUUGAUUUUCUCUUGCCUUACAGUGACGUUUAUAAUCGUGGGAACAACAUUCUGACAGUCAGACAGUAUAUUGAUAAAUAAUGAUUAAAUACACUGGAAAACCAAGUGGGAAUCUUUUUAAAUAAAGAUAUAUUUUCUCAAUCGCGUCAGUCAGACAAUCCAGAAAUCUGUUUUUAUAUCAAGAUGAUUGACUUUCAUGUUCAGGACCAAGGAGAGAUUAUUUUGAAGAAAAUAAAUGUUUUUGUAAUAUAUAUAUUUCCAUGAUAUUUCUCUGUUCUGUGCCUGUAAAAAUAGAUUAGUUUUUCAUCCAGAUAUGUCCUAACACAAAAUACUGUAUGAAGGUACAGUAAAGAUUCACUUUGUCUUUGAAAUUUGCUGCAAUUUAAUUUCUGAUUUCAUCAUCGUAUUAUUCUGUCAUGUAAUAAACACAUUUUCAAGAAAUAAA